AUGUCGGAGACGGAUCGCGUUCCCGACAACCGAAUCUUGGAGUAUAUCCAGGAUCUGACCUCGGCAAAAAAGGGUCUCCCUUACGGCCAACCCGUGGGCGUGCUCGUCUCCCAAACCGUCACAGACUCAGCAACCCUCUUGAAAUUGACAGCAGAGGUCGGCCCUCACAUCGCGGUGCUUCAAGUCCAAGCCGAUAUUAUCGACGAUUGGUCCGACGAUACCAUUGAUCAGUUAACGUACUAUGCCAAGAAACACGGGUUCAUCUUGUGGGAAGGAAGCCGAGUCUUGAAUUGUACCGUCAAUUUCAUGGGCCGAGGGAGCGCCAACUUCCAAACAAGAAAGGUCUUAGCCGAUCUGGUCAGGCGGAAAUACACACAUGGAACUGCAAAGGUAGCGCAAUGGUCAAAUCUAGCCACCUCGUGGGCACCGGGUGUGCCAUUGCAUGAACAGGAGAAGGACCUGUUGAUUCCAACACUUCGCAAGGCCGCCCGGGAGGCCGUUGCAACGACUGUGAAGACAAUUGAAACCGAGAUCUCUGCUACCAAUGGCGACGAACACCACGAGGAAGUAGAAGCACCCAUUUCCCCGCCUACUACCAAUGGGUGGGCGGAAUUUAGUUCGGACAGUUUUGGAGCUGCACUACGGAAAUUAUCAACCAUCUCUGUCACCGAGUCGGUCACUCUCCAGCCCCAUGUCGAGCCGGACGACGGCGUCCCAGCCCCGCCACUCUUAUCGCGAGGCCUGGCUCUUUGCUUGCCAAGCGCCAUUGAUUCCGCAUUCACGUCUGAAUUUCGACAGAGCACAAUAAUGGCAGCAUGUGCAAAUCAUGAUUUUGUCGUUGGACUUCUCACCAGCGAGCCAUUUUUCACCAGCUAUACCGGGGACUAUUUAUUCGACCUGGCCUUCCAAGACAGCCAUGGAACCCCACAACUCGGCCGCGACAUACUCGAGGCCAUCCCAUAUCUAGAAAAUAAGCAUUCAUUUGCCUUAUUCUCUCUUGUACCGGCUGAGCUCAUUCAUAAUUAUGAAUCAGAUCCCAUUCGCAGCAUGAACGGGGACUCGCCUGACGAGGACCUGCCUGAGAGUGUUGUUAAGUUGCAUUACAUGGUUGACCAAGCCUUGAAAAUGCGAGAAGCCAACCGCAAAGAGCACCUUGGCAACCAUCAAGAACUUUCAUCGAUGCCCGUUGGCCCUGGCAUCUUCCAUGUCCCAGUCGUCAUCCUCCCCUGA